UUUCAAAAUCUACUUCUAUGAAACAUUUAGUCAUUUUACUAUACAAAAAGGGUACAAAGUAUGCACCAUGCACCUGUAUAGUAUCGAGCAUAUUUUUUAUUGUUUCAAGAUUAUGAUUAAAAAACGCGAGUUUUGAUAAAUUAUUUCCCAUCGUGAGACAGUGAGUCAUCUUAUUUUGAAGCAUCUUAUCUAGUAUAGGUACGUAGGUAGGUACUAGGUAGGUGCUUAUUAUGUUAUAGAUUUAGCGUCUUAUCUGCGCAAGCGGUCGAAAGUGCUUAUUAUAGAUGAUACAGAUUUUUCACUGAUUUUGAACAUGGGCCAAUGUGCAUUUUAUAUGUACGUAUAUUCCGCGUAAUAGUCGAUUAUUUUUCAUAGUUUCAGUUGUAAUUACUUAUUCGAAAGAUGUAGCGACCGGUUGUUUUGUUUCAAAGUAUCCGAAUUUUAUUUCGAUAUCCGAGUAUAGAAUUGUUGUGCUUAAUUUCGAAUUUUUGAAAAUGACAACAGCGAAAAAAUCAUGCGGUUGUGUUUGCUCAUUAAGGAUCAGAACUUUGAUUAUGUUAUGGAUUGUAAUGAUCGGCUGCGGUUUUCACAUAUGGGGCGUAAGUUUGAACCACGAUCAUUCCGUAAUGCCCGAUAAUCAAGAAUUAAUCAAAGUCGAAGAUGACACCACCAACGACAGAUCUCAUUCCGGAGAAAUAAUUCGAGAAAAACGUUCAACCGCCGAUUCGGAUGCUGGAACGAGAGUCAUAAUACAAGAAGAACCGAUCACUUGGUUCGACCUGAUCAGCAAACCGAUCGAAAAAAUCCACGGCACGAUACACGAUGGGUUAACAGAGGUGAAAAAUCUAGCCAAUAGAACUGUUCAAACGGGAAUUUCGGCUGUGAAAAGUAUUCCUCAAAGGGUUAGAAAUACCACUGAAAAAGUAAGGAGUGGAAUACAGGGCGCCACAGAUCAAGUACGUGGUUUGACCGAUGGUUCUAUUAUUCAGAAAACUGUUCAAACCGUCGGAGAAGGUAUUACGGCUAUCAAGAGUAUACCUGCUAAUGUCGCCGAAAGUGUUAUGAAUAUUUCGGGGGCUGGGGGCAGUAUACAUAAUAUAGAGAAUAGAAUAGGCGAACGUGUAGCCGACGAUUUUGCGGACGCUUUUAUCGAGAGGUUUGAUAAACGUUUGAACGAAUCGGAAUUGCGAAUUCAAAGGCUGGUCAAAAAUUAUAUUCAUUAUUAUUUUUUCAUCUGGAGUGUUAUCGGCGUGAUCAGUUCUGUUCUUGGAAUAUUUGGGAUUCAUGAGAACGUUUCAAGAUGCCUGACGUUGAGCGUUUUCUUCUUCUAUUUUUCCGCUUUCUCAUUCAUCGUGAUUAUAUUAGAGCUCAAUAUCGAUUCGGAUACUGAACUUAGAAAGUUCGUUUUGUUCGAAGUGACUGGAGUAAUGUGGAAAAAUUUUGAAGACUCGAUGAUGUUCAUAAAUAUUGGAGCUUUAUUAAUUACAGUUCUUUCGUUACACUUCAUGCACAUCGUGAAAAAAUGUCGAAGUGCCAUAUCGAAGAAAAAUAGCGAUGCAAAAGCAGAUACCAGCAAUGACGAAGUAUACGAUCAUAACGCCAACUCGAUGAAUAAUAUAGCCAAUAAUGCGAGGUCGAGUGAAGUCCAAGCACCUUUAGAUGAUUCCGAAGUAUGAUAAGCUAGUACUUUUCAAUGAUUCCAUCAUUUGUGCGAAAAAAAUGAGCAAUUUAGAUAAUAUUAAAUCUCUUUCUCGCUCUCUUUUUUCAACGUUUAUUGAAAUUAUGAUUCAUGCAAUAAGUACCUGUUCAGUUACCUAUACACCUAUCAAAAACUCCGUGGACGUUGAAUUUUGAACCUUUGGUUUUUCAAAUGCAAUCAUUUUGUUUCAUCGAUAUCAUCGAUGUAAAUAAAUAAAACCGUAUUUUCAAAAAAGUACUUAGAUAGGAGUUGAAAAAAAUCAAAGGUUUCAAUUGUGUUGAAUUUACAACACACCUAUUUACCAGAUGUCUUGAAUAAGUAAGUACUUUUUCCUAAAUACAAAUUUUGGCUCAGAAAUGUCACCUAAGAGGAAUCAGGGGUUCCAAAAAUUGUUUUUAAAAUUUUUUGUAAGGAAAUAGGAAUUCAAGUUGAUGAUGUCCCAUUUGAUUUUGAGUUGUUUAAGGGGGCCAAAAGUUGAGAGAUAUAUGGCUGCAGAUUCUCGAAGUGGGGAAAUAAUUUUAUGAUAGGUUUCAGAAAUUACCCACAUUGUAUUUAUUUUGAAAGACAGUCAUUAAUCAGGGAAUAAAAUUUCAUUCGAUGAAAUGAAAUUAGGCAAUUUAAUCUCAUUUUAUAAAUUCUAAAAUUUUGAAUAAAUUUUUGGAUAAAUUCAAGUGCUCUACCUUAGAUGUUACCCACGCAUUAUUUUAUUUUAUACUUAAUUUAUUUUUCUUUGUGAGAUGAUUAUGCUUUGUUGUAUUUUCUAUUUUAUUUUGAGUACCUAGUUUAUCUAUCAUUUCCACAGAUAAAUAUGUACCUAAUUUAAUUUAUUUUACUCUCGCGUUUUGAGAUAAAGUACCUACCCAAGUACAAGUAAAUGCUCAAUUGAUUAGGUAUUAUUAUAAAUUAAUUAUCUAUAUGUACUUAUUUGAUAAUAAUUAGGUAAUUAAUUCAAUUUAAAUACCGAGAAUAAAACAUGUGUUCCUAAUCAUAUACAAAAUAAACAUUCCGAUAAGCGAA